CAUUCAACAUGGCGGCAGCGCCGGGCCGCCGAAGCGCGUGAGGGACUCGCAAGGGGCAGCUUCCACUCUAGUCAUGGCGGCCCCCAGACAGACCGUCGGCUGUGCGGAUCUGAAGACCUGCGGCCUGGAGAGGAUUUUGGAGGCGCUGAAACUGCUGCUGAGCCCGGGAGGAUCAGGCUCAAGUUCACUACAGAUCACAAAACAUGAUGUCUUGUUGGCUACCUUAAAAUCUAACCUGUCUGCUUUGGAGGACAAGUUUCUGAAGGAUCCUCAUUGGAAGAAAUUGAAACUCCUGAGGGAUGAAAUUGCUAAUAAGAUAGAAUGGCUGCAAAACUCUGUGGAUGUCACCUGGAGUUUUACCUCUCAAACCUUGCUGUUGCUUUUGUGCUUGAAGGAAACCAUGGUCUGUCUUGCAGCUGAUUUCAAUCCAGGGAAACCUAACCCUAGGACUCCAGAGGUAGCUCCUGCUCUGAGCCCGGAUACACUCAGUAUCUCACAGCAGAAGGCUGUCCAGUCAGCUUUGCAAUUUGUAGUCACCUUAGGUGUCUGCCCCUAUCUCAUGCCUGGUGUUGGAGUCCCUUUGAGAUACAGGACUGAGUUUGGUGCUGUUGUUCAAGAUGUAGUAUGUCUCGAUGCUGCCCCCAGUGCAACCCAGAGACUGUACACCAGCUGCAGGGUUCUCCUAAAUGUUGCUCAACACUCAUCUCUCCGAAGCUUGAUUUUCUGCCGCCAUUUUGGGGAUAUUGCAGCAGGACUCUGCCAGCUGGGAUUCUGCCCAACCAAAAGAAGAUCACAAAAACCUAUGGAAGAGGUAAAGGUUUUAAAUGAAGAGGAAAAAGCCCUAUCUAGAGGGGCCUUGAGAGACAUCUUGGAUCAAGUGUAUCAACCAUUAGCAGUCCGGGAGUUACUUAUCCUUCAGGGAGGACCAGCCCAGCCCUGCACAGAUGGGAAGACACAGUUUGGGUCUCAGGCCCCAGCUUGGCUUCGGCGUCUUUGUGGGCAGCUGCUCUCUGAAAGGUUAAUGCGACCCAGUGGUGUUCAGGCAGUAGUCCGGGGCAUUUUGGAAGGAGCAGGGGCUGGGGCAGCUGGUGGAAGUGACGCUGAGGUGAUGGCUGCUGACUGGAAGAAGUGUGACUUGAUUGCAAAGAUUUUGGCUUCCUGUCCCCAGCAGUCUCUUUCAACAGAGAAUUACUAUAAAGAUAUUUGCCCCCAGAUUCUAGAUUUAUUUCACCUUCAAGAUAAAUUGACAGCACGACAAUUUCAGAGAGUUGCCACCACUACCUUUAUUACUAUGUCAAGAGAAUGCCCACAGUUGGCAGCCAAGUAUUUGCUUCAACCAGUGUUAGCGCCUCUUCAUCGAUGUUUGAAUACAGCAGAGAUUCCAGAGUGUGACAUGGUGCCAGGAACCAUUCUGGUGACAGAAGAAGAACUUAGUAGAUGUAUUGAGGAUGUAUUUAAGGUGUGCGUGGUCAGGGAUGAACCUCCGACUGUUUUGGUGGAUUCCCUGCUUCCAGUCCUGGGAGUGCUCUUCUCUCUCUACUGUUUUACCAGGCAGAGUGUGUCUCACAUAAGGUCACUUUGCCAAGAGAUCUUAUUAUGGAUUCUGGGGAAGCUGGAAAGGAAGAAGGCAAUUGCCAGCCUGAAAGGAUUUGCAGGGUUGGACAAAUCUGUGCCUUCUCUCCAUUCUCUGUGUCAGUUUAGAGCUGCCACUCAAGGUGGCAUUAUGAUUACCAUCCAAGAAGCCAUUAGUAAGGAAGAUGAAGAUGAAGCCCUGUACCAGAAGAUGUCUUCAGAGCAGUGCCAGGUAGAGCAUCUUGGGGACUUGCUGUCCCUAUGCCAGGAAUGUGGUUUGGCAGGAGACUUCUUCAUCUUCUGCCUGAAGGAGUUGACUCAAGUGGCUGUGGAAAAUGAAGCAGUGUUAAAAACCAAUCUCUUCUCCAGCAAAAGCCUCUUGGAAUUAGAGCAGCGCCAGACUCUUGUGGAAGGCCAGAAGCGGAAGCUGCUGAUCCUGCAGUUGAUGGCAGUUCUAUGUGAGAGAAUGUCAGAGCAGAUAUUCACAAACAUCACUCAGGUGGUGGACUUUGUAUCAGCAACUCUGCAGAGAGCAUGUGCAAGCUUGGCCCAUCAGGCAGAGAGUACUGUGGAAUCGCAGACGCUAAGCAUGUCCAUGGGGCUGGUGGCUGUCAUGCUGGGAGGAGCAAUUCAGUUGAAGUCAAGUGAUUUUGCUGUCCUGAAGCAAUUGCUGCCUCUGCUGGAGAAGGUCUCCAACACAUACCCUGACCCUGUCAUCCAAGAACUUGCUGUUGAUCUCCGCAUCACUAUUGCUACCCGUGGAGCCUUUUCCACCGAGGCUGUCAGUGUGGCUGCCCAAAGUACCCUGAACAAAAAAGAUCCAGAAGGGAAAAUAGAAGAACAGCAACAAACCAAUUGUAAAAUAUCUGCUGAUGUAGCUAAUAGCCACCUCGAACAACAGCAAAGCAAUGGGAAAUCCAGCCACCAAACAGGCCUGAAAUCUGAUAAUGCCCCACUCGUUCCUCAGGAAGUGAAUGAACCGAGCACUACUACAAGCCAGAAAUCUGGAAGCAUAACCAUAGAAGAGCUUCAGGAAGUUCUUUUAUCAGCUUAUGAUCCUCAAAUUCCAACACGGGCUGCUGCCCUGAGAACUCUUUCUUGUUGGAUAGAGCAGAGAGAAGCAAAAGCCCUUGAGAUGCAAGAGAAGCUUCUCAAGAUAUUCUUGGAGAACUUGGAGCAUGAAGACACCUUUGUAUAUCUGUCUGCUAUUCAGGGAGUUGUACUGCUAUCAGAUGUGUACCCUGAGAAAAUCUUGCUUGGCCUUUUGGCUCAGUAUGACAGCAGUAAAGAUAAGCACACGCCAGAGACCAGAAUGAAAGUCGGGGAAGUCCUGAUGAGAAUUGUCAGAGCAUUGGGAGACAUGGUCUCAAAGUUCCGAGAACCUCUGAUCCACACCUUUCUGAGGGGAACAAGAGAUCCAGAUAGUGCUCACAGGGCCAGCAGCUUAUCCAACCUUGGAGAACUGUGCCAGAAGCUGGACUUCCUGCUGGGCUCCAUGGUUCAUGAGGUAACAGGUUGCCUGAUUGCUGUGGCUAAAACAGAUCGUGAAGUUCAAGUGCGCAGAGCUGCCAUCCACGUGAUUGUGCUUCUGCUUCGGGGACUCAGCCAGAAAGCUACUGAGGUGCUGAGGGACGUCCUCAAGGAUCUCUAUCACCUGCUGAAGCACGUGGUACGUUUGGAGCCUGAUGACGUGGCCAAGCUCCAUGCCCAACUGGCCCUGGAAGAGUUGGAUGAGAUAAUGAGAAACUUCCUGUUCCCACCACAGAAACUGGAGAAAAAGAUAGUGGUCCUGCCAUAAUUAGACCUGGCUCAAAGAACAUCAAGGAGGGAGGGAACAAGCAGCCAGAGUGGUGCCCAAGCCUUCUAGCAGGUGGCCCCACUGCAUCUUUGGUGCUGGCAGUAUGGCUGACCCUGGCAGUGACUUUAUGUCUCUGGCUACAUAUGUCUUCAGGGUGACCCGAAAACAUCUGUUUAGCUACCCUGCAUCCAGCCUGAAGUGUGUACAGUUGAAAGAAAAAAAAUUACAAAUCUCAUUAAUCUGCACAUUUUCAGUGUCAUAUAACAUUUAGAGAGGGAUGCUUACCUUAUAGAAGUAUAUUUUUAAUACAGCUGAUGGAGUUUGAUUAAGUGACCAUUCUCUUGUGACUUGAGUAGAAGAGGUUGGCCACCCAUGUGUCAGAUGCCUUGAUCUUCUUCCAUGGUGAGAUUAUUCUUCCUUGUGAAAAUGAGGAGCAGGCAGAGCUAGUCAUCCUUGGCUGCUUAAGAUGGGAAAGGGGAGGAAGUUGUUAUCAAAACAUGGAAAAUGGAAUAAAAUUAUCUUGCCUGGGAAGAAUAACAGGUCUGAAUCUGGUCCUCUGCUAUCAAGAUGGAAAGCCGUGGAGUUGAGAGGCUUUGAUCCCUAGAAAAGAGAAUCAAGCUGGUUGAAUCUUCUAAAGGAGGUUAAGCCCUGUGUCUGUUCUCCCUGGCCAUUUUCUUUCCCUCCCUCUGCCUCUGCUUAUAAAGAGUUGCCCUGAUUAUCAGAAGAGAGGCACAAGCACCUCAGAUAAGAGUUUAUAUCUUGCAUUCAGUGCUCUGUUUCUUUAGAAAGAUGAAUGCUUAGACAAUGGGCUAGUACAGAAUGCAUGCUGGAAACUAUGUUGCAUAUUGGUGCCCUGAUGCCAGGUUUAUUGACAUAAUUUCAGAUGUGGCAUACACCCUGGCUCCUGUUUAUGUAUUUUAGCCACUGCACUUUGACUGCAUCUUAAAGAGCUGACAAAAGGGAGAAACUGGCUGGCUGCUUCAGACAAGUCUUCUCCCCUCCCCCAACACACACAAGGCUGUCAACACCUUGACAAGGCUAACCAACAACCACAUGAUCAGUGGCAGGCUUUGUAGGGCUUAGUACAGAAUUCUGUCACAGGUUUUAUCUGUAUUGUCUGGAGUGAUCAGUCCAGGGGAACGGAAACACAAUUUCCAAAAACUCUCAAGAGACUGAAGGAUCUAUAUAUAGACCUGCCCAUUUCCAGCUAACAGGAUAUUUCUCUCUGGCCUGAUUUACAGGCACGUUCUUAGCUUAGAAAUUUUGUGGUGAGCAUCUCUUUAAAGAGGCCAAAUUACACACAAUAGAUGACAAAUUAGCUUAGUGAGCAAAGAAUUAGGACAAAGGUAGUUAGACGUUUUCAAGGAAUAUUUCCAUUUAGCCAGGGCAAAAACCCAUAACCCUUUGCUGUAGCCGGGCAGCCAUAUUCAUUUCCAUUCUCCAAAUCAAGGAUGUCUAGAAAAUCGGGACUGGGGCUUUCAAAUCGGAAAAGAAUUUCAUUUGGAGCAAAUGAAUAUACGUUAAAAAUUCUUGUUUCUUGCCUUCCUUUAGUUAAACUUCUUCCCGCCCACUUCAGAUAAUCAGAUUGAAUAUGUUAGAUAGCAUGGUUGAUUUAACCUACAGCUUUAUUUGCGUUAAGUACACUCCACUUCCAAGGACAUAUCUUGAUUGAUCACCUUGAUUAGACUGAGAAACUCUGUAAUCUAAAAACCUAGUUUCCCACUAAUUAGAUGGUAGAUAAGAACUACUCUAGGUGAAGGGAAUAGACAACACACAAUACAGGGGCAGUCAGCACAACUGGACUAAACCAAAAGCAAAGAAGUUUCCUGAAUAAACUGAAUGCUUCGAAGGCCUGCGUAGCAGGGGCAGGGGUUUGGGGACCAUGGUUUCAGGGGACAUCUAAGUCAAUUGGCAUAAUAAAAUCUAUUAAGAAAACAUUCUGCAUCCCGCUUUGAAGAGUGGCGUCUGGUGUCUUAAAUGCUAGCAAGUGGCCAUCUAAGAUACAUCAAUGAGUCUCAACCCACCUGAAUCAAAGGAGAAUGAAGAACAUCAAGGACACAAGGUAAUUAGGAGCCCAAGAGACAGAAAGGGCCACAUGAACCAGAGACUACAUCAUCCUGAGACCAGAAGAACUAGAUGGUGCCCAGCUACAAGCGAUGACUGCCCUGACAGGGAACACAACAGAGAACCCCUGAGGGAGCAGGAGAGCAGUAGGAUGCAGACCCCAAAUUCUCAUAAAAAAAACCAGACUUAAUGGUCUGACUGAGACUGAAAGGAUCCUGGUGGUCAUGGUCCCCAGACCUUCAGUUGGCUCAGAACAGGAACCAUUCGUUAAGCCAACUCUUCAGACAUGGAUUGGACUGAACAAUGGGUUGGAGAGGGAUGCUGGUGAGGAGUGAGCUUCUUGGACCAGGUAGACACUUGAGACUAUGUUGAUAUCUCCUGCCGGGAGGGGAGAUGAGAAGGUAGAGGGGGUUAGAAGCUGGGGAGAUAGACACAAAGAGAGUGGAGGGAGGGGGCAGACUGUCUCAUUAGGGGGAUAGUAAUUGGUAGUAUGUAGCAAGGUAUAUAUAAGUUUUUGUGUGAGAGACUGACUUGAUUUUUAAACUUUCACUUAAAGCACAAUAGAAAUUAUUUUAAAAAACUAGUUUCCUAGGAGAGUCUCACAAAGCAUCCUAGUCCCUUUAUUUCCAUUUAUAAAUCAACUCUUAAUUUGAACUAUAUAGCAAGUGGCUAAAGCAUCUGUUCUUUAUUGAUUUUGAGGGGUUCAGUUUCAGAGAGUGACUUUUUCUGAUCUUGUUACCAAGUUCAAGGGAAAGAUACCUUUAAUUCUCCUAAAUGUGACAAAAUCAUUCAAUUUUUCUAAAUUAUUAAAUAUGUCUUCCAAAUUAUUAAUAUAUAUAUGAAGAGUCUUGGGAAAGAGCAUGAAGCUUUUAGCGUAAUAAAAGCAUAAAACUAAAAAAGAAAAGAAACAAAUCUCAGGAGCUUGAGACAGAUGGCAGAAGCAAUAGUGGCACUUCUCUGCACAGGGCCUGUAAGAGGUCUUGUUCUUUGCAACAGCCACAUACCCGGGCUUGCCUCCCACCUCUGCCCAUCUUUUCUCCUUCAGGGACUACCUUCUUCCUGCUGUCCGUUGCAGCCUCUUUCCUCCGUGUCUCUAACUGAUGUUUUCCUGGGUCUCUUGCAUUAAAAAAGAACUGCUUGCCCUGAACCCUUUCUAAUGCCCAGAAACUCAUUAACGAGACCCCCCUGUAUCACUCACUCCAUCUUUUGCUUGGCCCCAUCCCUUCUUCUCCUCUUUCUUUCCCUUCCUGGUCUUUUUCUCCUCUUUCUGGCCCACUGUCCACGGCUCCCUGGGCCUACCAAAAAUGGCAUUGAGGCAAGUGGCAUGGAAAACAAAAAAGGAAACAGUUGCCAUUGAGUCAAUUCUGACUGAUGGCAACCCCAUGUGUAUCAGAAUAGAAGUGUGUUCCAUAGGGUUUUCAGUGGCUGAUUUUGGGGAAGUAGAUCACCAGGCCUUUGUUCGAAAGUACCUCUGGGUGGACACGAAACUCCAUCCUCUCAGUUAGCCACUGAGUACAUUAACAGAGGCAUGGAAGGAGCCCAAAAGCAGUGGCUUCAGCCAAACCCCAGGUUUUCUGCCCAAGCACUAACUACUUGUUCAGGUUAGACUUCCUGAACAUGCUGGAGAAUUUCCCUCUCAGCCAUAUUUUUCUUCCUCCUUGGCACUAAUUUGCCCCUCUACAAGUCCUCUGAUAUUUAAUCAGAAAUCUCUAAACUUUCGCUUUUUCUUUAUCACCUCUCCACACACAUAAUUUUCCAUUUUCCUUGUAUCAUCCUCAUCUUUUGCUUCAUUUCUUGACCUCUAUUCUCUAUUUCUUCUACUUUUCUGUAACUCUGCCCACCUAACCACAUAGAAGGGCCAAGGUGGGAAACCAGAUCCCAGAGAGUGAGAACAAUUUAUUGAGCAGAGCACUCUGCUACGUGCCAGAUGCUGUACUAGGCACUGAGGACACAGUAGUAAACAAAAUAGAUGAAACCCUUACCCUCAGGGAGCUUGCAUUGUAAUGGAGGGAGACAGACAAACAAGGUAAAGAAAUAGAAUGUCAAAUAGUGAUAAAUGCUCUGGAGAAAAAGUAGGGAAGGGGGAUGAGAUGCUUAUGGAGGGUGGGAGCUGUAAGUUUGGAUACAUCGUCCGGAGAAGACCGUGCCAAGAAGUUGACAUUUGAGGAAAGAGUUAAAGGAGGUGAAGAAGCGACCCUGAAGAUACCUGGAGGAAGAGCAUUCCAGGCAGAGGGAAUGGCAAGUCUAGGCCCCGAGGUGGCAGUAUGCCUGGCAGGUUCAAGGAAGAGCAAGGAGGCUAGUGUGGCUAGAACAGAGUGAGAACGGGGAGAGUGGUGUGGCUGAGGUCAGGGCGGUGACAAGAUAGGUCACAUUGGGUCUUUUGGGCCCCUUGCUGGGUGAAGGAGGAAGUCACACAUCCAUUUUUACCUGAAGCCCCUUUAACUUGUUUCUGGAAAAUACUUCGAGGUCAAGAUGCUAAAUGCAGUAAAAUGGGAAAUAUAUGUAGACAAAAGGAGUUUCAUACCCAACUACACAUUUUUUCUCAAAAUGAUGAGGUGAGCCCCAUCCCUUUUCAUUGCACCUCCCUCCCAACUCAGCAUCACUUGCUCUGGUGUUGUUACAGCUCCUCUUCUCUGGCAGCAACAGUUUCUUCUCAUCUCCCCCAAGAAGAAAGGAAAGCAAAUGUAUUGCUGUGCCCUCCAUCCACCCACCUUCUCUGACCCUUUGUCUGUAAGAGGAUAGAGUGGAUAGAGCUGCCCUUCAUUUGCCUGUGAUUCUCGGCAGCUUGGAGGGUGGCUAAGACAUCUGAAAGUUGAUCAGUUGAUAGGGCCUGUACAAAGCCACAUUGGCUUCUGCAGUCUUUUUGCACAGAAAUCCAAAAUCUCAGCUGGAAUUUCAAUGGCAAAGGGAGAGAGUCAGAAACAGGAGCUGAGUUCUAUCAGAGCUGCUGUCAGGGGCGGGCCAUGAGAGAUAGCCACUCUCCCUGAUCAUGGACCCACAGGGGUCUUCUUCCCCUGCCCCUGGACAGCAGCAGCCAUGACCUCUGUGAGCAUGGCUGUGCCCUCCAGCAUGUUCUAGAGCUACAGACGUUCUGCAGUCACAUGCAGCACCCUCCUGCAGUGCGCAGCACCUCUGACUUCCAUGCACCACUCUGCUUGGAAUGGAAUCGCUAUUUGGGGGUUGGGAAUUUGUCUUGCUGCACUCUUCCCUCCUGGCAGGGCUCAAGGCUGUGCUCGGCACACGCCAAGCAUAUUGGCAAGUGCAGAGUGAACGCAGCCACCCUCACCGUCAGCACUGGAAGGGGCUUCACCCACUUAUCGUUUGAGGGGUCAUCACCGAUUGUUCCUCACCACAGGUCUUUGUACUGAUUCAGUAGCUCUGUGAUACCAUAGUCUGGAAAGUUAUUUUUCACCCAUAAGAUUGUCUGAUUCUCACAACAACCUUGUGGAACAGGGAGGCAAGCUAUUGUUAACCCCGUUUGGUGGGUCUCAGCCAGGAUCCUGUUUACUACAUUGGAAAGCCCUCCAUGUGUCCAAUUUUGAACAUCUGUUGAAUACUAUAGAGCUUCUCCUGCAAAAAAUGAAUCUAGAAGAAAAAGCCUUUCAGCUAGAGUACUAUCUGAGAUGCAAACUCAGGUGCUCAAAUGUAUGCAUGAAUCCAUCAUGAAGAAGUUGUUUGGUGCCCACUGACACUGCUGAGGGGUACCUACCAAAAAACCCUGUGCUGGACCUCGGCCCUUUCUGAGAGUGUUGGGAAUGGCAGAAUUAUCAAGUACAGAUGCCCUGGCUGCUUAUUUCUUUUUUAUUAUUAUUACAUAUGUCAUUUAUAACAAAUACAAUGUGUAUGUAACAAUGAAAGAAAAAUUCUCACUACCUCACCUCCAUUCCUACCCCAAGCUUACCUUUGACAAUUUAAUCUGUAUUUCCUCCAGAUUUUUCUUUCCCUUCGGCCUUUCCCAAACAAAACUAACGUACUUGACUGCUUUCAAAAACAAAAAUAGAAUCAUUUCUGUAGUGUGCUGUGUCUUUUUUUCUCAGUCAUAUAUUAGAGACAAUCUCAUGUCAGUACUUCCAGACCCCUCUCCAUUUCAAUGACUGCAUAUCUUCCAUGGUAUAGGUGCACUACAGCUUAUUUAAAUAUUUGUCUAUGGAAGGUCAGUUGAGUUGUUUCUAAUUUUGUUACCAAUGAUUCUUCAGUGAUUCUCAAACGUGACUCUUGGCAUACUUAAGUGUUUGUGUAGGAUAAAUCCAAAGUAGUUGGAAUGCUGGAUCAAAAAGGCAUGAACAUUUUAAAUGUUAACACCAAAAUGUUCACCAAAAGUUUGUACAAAUCUACAUCUCCCACCCUCAGCUAACAUUACUUUAUACCCCUGAAAUGCAGGUUCAGUCUCCAAAACCAAGUGUUAACACCAUUCUCUGAAUAAUUCAGGACUAGGAAGUCUUCAAGGGCUGGGGUUUUCUGUAUGCCAAAACCACCGACAGGAGCAUGGCCUUCGCAGAUACGCUCAGCAGCAGCCACACCCUGGCUACAAGUGUUAGCGGCUUGUAAGUGCUCACCCUGGAGAGAAAUCCUGCGACCAUGGAGGCCUAUAAGAAAAGGCUUUUACCACAGCCCCAGCUCUGAGUCUCUGUCCUUAGUAUCUAGAAUAUGCCUUCUUAUGGGAUUUGGAGUGUCCUCAGGAUGGUGACCAUAUUUCCUAAACCAGACUCAGAAAAUAUGGUCUGAUGACCCCUCAAAGUAUUGGGUUCAUCCUGUAAAACCCAGGCAGGAUGAAUAGUUGCUGUAGUUCUACAUCACUGUACAUAAUAAUCAUGGCCACAGUUAUCACUAUAAGGAGCUUAUUAUGCUCUUUUGUGUACUUGGCACAUAUUAAUCCACUUCUCACACUGGGCCUGUGUGGUAGGCAUUAUUAUUAUCCCCAUUUUACAGGUGGGAAGACUGAGGCACACAAGUGGCUAAUUGACUUGCCUCAGAUUACACAGCUAGUAAGAAGUAGCCUAACCAAUAUUUGAACCCAGGCGAUCUGGCUCCAAAGACCAUGCUUUUAACCACUGUGCUUUGCUUCUACCCAAUAGAUACUAGAUUUCUAAAUUCUAAAAAACUGUUCUUAAUAUAAGUGAGGAUAAAGAAAGUGGUUCCAUGUUUGUUUAAUUGUACCACCUGUGUCAAGAUUUAGUCCUGAUUUCCACAAAGUAUUAUCCUCAUACAUCAAAACUCAACCUCAAACACCAGAACUUGUUAUACAUCUUGCAUUUGACCUUGUAGUUUGCCCAGCAGCUGGAGAUAAGGUUUGUGAAAGUUCCCCAGCCCACCUGCUUCUGCACGUGGGCAGCUUUGGUAAAUUACUUAUAGAAAGGCUUCUUAUCCUGGGACUGGCUAAAGUAGUAGACAUCUAUGACUGCCUCCUGGGAGCAGAGGAGGCAGAAAGUGGUGGUGUGUAGUUGACACAGAAAAGCAGGGAGUCUUCCCAAGAACCUCAACCAGAACCCUUUUAAGGUGUUGUGUUUUCAUCUCCUGUAAGCAGGACUUCAGUUCUCAGAUUUCAUUUUCAGAAUAAUAAUAAUGGAUCAUUUUUAAGUUACUUCUUGAAAGGAGCUCAAAGCAUGUAUACAUUAAUAGCUCUAAUCCUAUACCAUUUCUCGAGAGAAAAAAAUGAGGCUAGAAUUAAUAGACCUCUUUUGCAGAAGGGAAAAAUCAAAAUAAGGUCAAGAGAGGUAAGUUCUUGCAAAUGGUUAAAAGAAAGAGGAAAGAGGGGAGUAUCGGAAACUUCUUUUAUUCAUGAGUUCAUAGAAUUGCCCAGUCAGCCAGCACCGAAUUCCAGCACAGAGCUGCAGAGAGGCUGAGGGUGGCGUUACUGAUAUCCGGAGAGGACAAUUGACAGAGCAGCUUCGAGCUGCAGGAGUGCUCUUUCUGCUGGGGAACCAGGAAAAGAGCGACUGGGCCUUUAAGUGGUUUAUUAAAUGACGUAAGAUUUAAUCUGUGCUGUCUGCCUUGGGAGCUGAAGCCAUAUCAGAACACUGUCUGGGUGGGGCUUUUAGGAUGUGCAGCCCUAGUCAUGACACGCACAGGUAGCCUGGCGCUGGGAGAACAAAGCCACCUGCUCUGCACUUCCGGAGUCUCCAGAACUCCAGCAAGCUCUCCCCCUCCCCCACAUACACACAUAACCUUUUAUUGGACCACACACCGCUUCAAAACCUCUGGCGACUGUAUUAAUCCUAGGGAAGGGCCAGCCUGAAAUUAGGCUGUCUUUACUAAGAGAAGAAUGGUGAUGCUGAUGCUUCAAAGAGUUGGGGGUGGGGGUAAACUCCACCUGAAAAGAAACUGCUUUGUGAGUAUCAGUGUUGUCCAGAGAUUGCAAAGAACAAGGCUCCGGCAUCAGUCAUGUGGGUGUUUCUCCAUGGCCACGGCCAGUGCCAUGUGAGAGAGAUAGCAAUGGGGGCCCCAUACCCCAAGAGAGAGGAGCUCAGAUCCCUUGACAGUCUCUGGAGACUACCUCUAGCCUCUUUCCUUGAGUAGGGAAAGCCACAAAGUGCAGAAGAAGUUCUGUCAUUCAGAAAACAAAAGCUAAUCCAAGCUGUUUUUGGCAGCGCUGUCCUUCCCCUGACAAGGACUGGUUGGCUUCUACCCCAGUGCUCCGGGAAAAAGCAGGCAGCACCGUUACCAAUGAAAACAUUCUUUAAAUCCAAUUUGAGGUGCAUCGUAGGGACCUGUGGACUGACCCUGCCGAUCUCGUCCUGUGUUCCACUGUGUUUCUCUCUGGCUUUUCCUUCUACUUUCUAGAAAUCAGCAUCCUUUCUCUUUUACUUUUGUUUCUGGCUUGAUAGAUAGUUUAAGGUCAGUUAAUUCUAACAGGUGCCUGCCCUGUGCCAGGCCUGGUGCUAGAGGAAAAUGAGUAGACACUCUUACGCUCUGGAGCUCACCACCUGUGCGGGCUGGCACCCUACUGGCCACUCAGUGCCAGUCUUGGCUGAGGACCGUCCCCAGGAUGUGCUCUCCACCCUGGAUGCAUAAUAGAAUCACCUGGGGAAUUAAAACAGAAAAAAAGUCAAGCCUGGGGCCCAACCCCAGUGAUUUGGAUUAAAUUGAUCUGGGAUGGAGUCCAGGCAUUGGUGUUCUUUAAAAAGCUUUCCAGCUUUUAAAAUUCUCAUGUGUAACAGCCAGACAUGAGAACCAGUACAUUAGCUUAUAUUGCCGGGAAACUACGUGUGUAUGUGUGUGUGUGUAUUUUGGGCGGGGAGUGUCCUAGCCAAAAAAAAAAAAAGAAAACUGCUACAAGUAGAACAUAGUUUGGAUAGUUUGGGGGCACCCUCCCCACAAAGAAGCUAAUGGAAACCUCCCCUACCUCCAUUCUUCUCUAAUUGCUUUUAUGGAGGGUUCAGCUUUGGCCCUCCUCUGUGGCAGUGACUAAUGAUGUCUGUAAUCAAGAAAGAGGACAUAAUGCAGAAAUUCCAGCACAUUUAAGAAUUGUGGUUGAUGCUAUUGAAACAACAGCCAAAUGAAUUUGGAACAACAUACCUCAAGUGAUUCGUUCCCCGCCUGGUGAUCCAACGACUUGGACUAUGGACUGCGAUUGCGUUCCGCCGAGGCCUGGGAAAGUGUGUGUGCACUUGCGUAACUUAGCAAGUGUGUGUGUCCACUUUGUAUCAAAGUGAGUUCUGUGCAGGUAUGGGUGUGUGGGCAGGUUUACAACACCCAAGGAGAGAACCUCUCCCCUGGGUUUCCUUGGGCAGAAGGGCAAUGCUGUUGACAUCAUGGCUCUUGGAAAUAUCUUUUUCAGGAAAAGCAUCUUUUAAGGGUAUUCCUAGAGUCCAUAUUUAACACACGCCUCCUCCUUACCCAGGAUGGCCGUGAUCCUGGAUGAGGGGGGUAAGUGAAGGUGGCAGCCAGCCAAACCAUGGGCCCUGGCGUGGGGCUGCAUUGCUAGGAGGAAGGAGUGUCAUUUUAUAGUUCACUCAAAGGAACUGGAUGAGCCAGCACAGCUCUCCGUAUUCCCCCUUCCGUCCUAAGUUCUCUAAAAGGACCAGUGGGAGGCAUUUAAAUAAAGCAAAUUACUGUACUUUGCCUACCACUAAUCCUAUACCCCUGCCCUCCCAACCACCUGGAAACAACUACAUUACUGCUAUCAUUGUAAAUUGAGGCCGCCAAACCUUUUUCACAUGAACCCAUAUGUGAUCUAGUCUGUGCCCCAGCUUAUAAGGAAACUGUGAACUCAGAAUUCAUACCAUUUAAAAAUAACUCUUUGUUACAAAAUUAUUUAUACUAAAUUUGGAAAAUGUAGCAUAAAAAUCAAGGGGAAAAGAAGAUCCCUUUUUUCCACCACUCAGGCAAACCUGAUCUUAAUACUUGGAUGAAUUUCCUCCUUGCCUUUUAGUGCAUAGGAUGUAAAAGAAAGCAACAACAACAUAAAUGUAGUCUGUCAUACAUACAAUUUUGUAUCCUGCCGUUUUCACUUAACAUUGCAUCAUAAGCAUUUUUGCUUAUUGCCACAUUCUCUUCAUGAAUGUAAUUUUUAGUAGAUGCACAAUAUUCUAUCAAGAAGGUAGAUUAUGAUAGAAAGUUGCCCUCUGAUUAUUUGUCUACAUUCACCUAGGAAAGAAAGGAAAGAUGGCUGGGAAGAGCUUUUUUGGUCUAGGGUUUCAAGAAAAGCAUCUGCAAGUCUGGUUUGCUAUUUGGUUAUUGCUCCAGGGUGCCCUCCUAAUCCUGACCUUCAAGCCAGCAUAAAAGAACCUGGCCCCUUCGUGGAGGCUGACCAGUCUGCCUCCAGCAGAGCUGAAGGUCCUUUAAUUUAAAGUGAAAUUGAUUCUUCCAUCCAAGAAGAGAGAGAGACCGGUGUUAAAAUCUAACCAUUGUUAGAAAAGUCCUUAAGUCUGCUUCCUCAAACAUUGCACCUCUGACUACAGAGUACUUGUCAAUAAGUGGGGAAUGUUAUGAAAGGGUAACUCUGUUUGGUAGUAGCUGCCUUGUUAAGGCACACACUUUCCACUUUGAAUUAUGUAUUAACUAGUAUUGUAGAUUAAGCCGAUUUGAAGAGGAAGCCCUAUUUAGUCAGCUGGGGAACAUAACUGGCUACUCUUUGGUGGCUGUUUUAAAUUCACCUUCAUUAGCUUCAAGAGGUUUUUAAUUGUGGCCAGCCCGGGGGAAGCUGAGGGGAUGAAGUCUGGGCAGAAAGGGGAGGCAGGCACUGCUUGGGCACGGAGGCCUAGGCAGCUUGGCUACCAUCCCCUUUUCUGUUUUGCUUAGCUAGAAGUUGUGGGCUGGAUUCCAGGGAGGGGCACUGAAGCGUGAGGUCUAAGUGUGAGGGGGGCAGCCUGUGGAACUAGAAUGCCCCACCUCUGCCCAAGUCACUCACAAGAGACCAGCAGAGCAGGGGGAGCACCUGGUUGCUGGCAAGGUGGUUCUGCAGCUUCACGCACCAGUGAUGAUGAGAUAGAUUGGAUAGUGGGCUCCUAUUGGGCAAGGUAUUUGAGCAUUUCAUGAGUUUGGAUUUGAAAACUGGUUGAAAUCUUGAUUUGUGGAACUGUCAACCCCAGCUCCCUCAAACUCCCCAAAGCUUUGAGAAUGGUCCCUUCAACUCUCCAAACUGUAGAAAUCUCUCUCUCUUGAUUACCCCUCCACCUCUACCCUCACCUUCACUUACUGAAGGCAACACCAACAUUGUCAUUGCAGCUCCUUCUCAGCCCUUUGCUUUGCUUGCCUACUAACAGGUCUCCUAUCCCGCAUUCCCAGUCCUUACCCUAAAAUACCACCAGCUCAACCUUUGCAGACAAUAAUUGUAACCUGUUACUACCUUGCUCAGGCAUCUUCAGUAGUUUCCCAUCACCUGCAGGGUAAUAUUUAAACUCCUUAUUCAGUCAUUUGAGAUCCUCCAGAAUCUGUCCCUAGCAUCCUCAUAGCAGCUGAAAUUUAUUGGUACCUUCUAUACAGCAGGUACUGCCGUAAGCACUUUGAAUGUAAAUUUAAGCGUAAAGUGUAAAUACCUUGUCUCAUCCAGGCCUCUCUUCGCUGUCUUUCAAACACACCUCACCAAUUCUUACACCCAUUCUUUUACUUAAGUGAUUCUUCCUAUCUAAAAUGCUCUUACCUUUCUAUUCAGCCAGCACAAGUUCUUCAUGAAACUCUGCCAAGCCCGUUCCAGCUCAGAGAUCUCUUUCCUGAAAUCCUCAAACUCUUCUAGUCAGAUUCUCUCAUUGACAUUUAAUUAUAAACUGCCUUAUAUGGCCACUUGUCUUUAAAACGGCUAAACUUGUGGAUGGCAGAGUCCAGCCUGAGCCCUCCUGACGCCAAAUACUGUUCUCUGCUCAGAGCAGGUCCUCAGUAUUUGCUAAAGGAAUGCUGAAGUGCAGCACGUAGCUCCUGCUACUGAGCCAGAUAGGGAAGCUUAUCCUCUGGAACCUGCGUAACAGCCAAUUCAGCAACAUCGGAAUUCACGUUUUUAAGUGAUUGGGUAUGGAAUUAGUCCUAUUUCUAAAUCCCUAGUGGUAAGCAGAGAUAAACUCGGGCUUUAGUGUAUCAGCCCCUUAAAGAGACUCCCCCUCCACCUCCCCCUGAAGAGAUGAAUGCAAAUAGGGCACCAUAAACUGGAUGUUAAUUACGGGCAAAUCCUCCCUGGCACAGACUAGCCACAAAGGUAAAAACUCUUACCUGCCUCAUAACACCAGGUCCCUGGCCCUGCAGAAUUUACUCCCAAGGGGAGUCAUUUAGGGGGCAAAGCCAACUGGUUUGGGCAGGGUGUUUGCUGCUGUCAUGAUGUUGCAUCUGAACCCCCUGUUCAUUUAGAAGGUUUUAAUAGACCACAGUGAGGUUGCGCGGCCCACCACCUAUAAAACUCACUGCAGCAGCAGCAGAGUGAGAUAGACAAUAAGCCUUGGGGGACACCCACCCACUGCUGUUGAGUCGAUUCCAACUCAUGGCGACUCUACAGGACAGAGUAGAAUUGCCCCAUAGGGUUUCCAAGGCUGUCAUCUUUAUGGAAGCACACUGCCACAUCUUUCUCCCAAGGAGCAGCUGGUGUGUUCCAACUGCUGACCUUUUGGUUCGCAGCCAAGAGCUUAACCACUGCACCACUACGGCUCUUUUGUGGGACACAGUUGGAGCCUUAGAAACGAACUAGGCAUGAGAUGACCCUGGACCAGCCCCAGAGAGACUUGCACCCAGAGAAGUCAUGUUGCUGUUGUGCUGCAGGCAGCAAGGAUCUUUCCAAACUGGCUGUUCCGUUCCUUGAGCUUCUAAAUAGGGUACUUACAAGCAGCCAGUUGGCUGGAUGUGACCAAAGACACAUUUUGUUUGGCCUGCAGAGUGUUUUUUUUUUUUAACAUUUGAAUUAGUUGCCAACACUUAAAACUUAGGGAAAUUUUAUAUAAUAAUCUGGAUUUCUGGUUUCUCUUUAAAGCAUCUGGCCAUGCUGAAAAAAGGGCCCCUCACUUUCUCAGAGAGCUGAUCUUUUAAAGGGGGCAUGUGCUCCGCACCAGGCAUACGCACUCCUUUUUGCCUCUGCCUAGCCCCUGCUUGAGAUCUCUCACCUGAAACGUUGCAAAUUGCAAUUUUGGGUGGAAGGUCUUUGACAACUUCAGGUAGUGUGAUGCCCAGGACAUAGAGAAGGUGAUCCAGAGCUCCGAGAGUCCACAGUGCAACAGAGGCCAGGACAGCAGGCAUCGUUCAGUUACCAAGUCAAAUACCGAUCUCUGAACCUCCUGUCACCAAGUGAACACUGAGAAUCCACAGCAACAGCAAAUGGGUGCUGCUCUCUGGCCAAGGCGAACUGCAGCUAACAUUUACUGAGCACUUAGUAUAUACUCAACCCCAUAUCUGGGUUAAAGACACUGAGGCUUAAUGCCACCCAGCUAGUGGCAGAACUGGCUGUCCAUCUUCAGAGCUUCUCCUCUUAACUAAGGUACCAGCUACUCUACCUUUGUGUUAAUACCUCUACCAGGGCCUUUCAGAGGGUCUGAAAUUCAAAACAUUUUCACUGGGAGUUCGACACUAGUUUAAAAAAAAAAAAGUCGAAAAAGAAUGUUUAAACCAAACAGCAACUUGAAAGAUUAGAUAGGAAGCUUAGGGGGCAGUCAGUUUAUGUUAAUGAGGGAGAACUCAGACAGAAAUGGAGGGUGAAAAUGGUUGCACAGUUCAAAGAAUGUAAUCAAUGUCACGGAAUUGUACAUGCAGACACAGUUGAAUUGGUGUAUGCUUUUUCUGUCUAUAUUCUCAACAACAAAAACAGUUUAAACCAUGUAGCACAGUAGUGAUGACUUUCUCAAGCAAAAGUGAAAUGAUCUGAUUUUUCUAAUGCACCAUGGGAUGCUGGAUGGAGCAGGUGCACCACAGGGUCUUUGUUUGCCUUGGGGAGACUUGAGUGAGCUCUGUAGCCAGAAUGAGUGAGGGUGGACAGGCACCAGCCCCUGAGAAGAGCUGCUUGUAGACUACAACUAUGUUCCUGUAAAUGUGUUGCAGCUUAAGAAAAAGUGGAUGGAAAUGAUCUCAGGUGUGUUUGGAGGAUAUGUAAAUUCACUUUUUACUAGUCUUUAAUUAUAAUUUCUCUCCAAGUUUUUUGGAGACAUGGAAACUCAGUUCUGCAGGUGGUCCUAAAAUUCCUUCUGCUAGCAACUCCAGGCUUCUCACUGACCUCACCCCACCGAAGUCUAACACCAGCUUUGGGGGAUUUGGAAACUACUGGAGAUAAGGUCAGUUGGGAAUUUAGGAGGUUGUGGAUGUCAGAAAUAAAGGUGUAAGAAGAGGGAAGAAUUGGUUUUGCUUUUAAGACACCAGACACUCAAGGUUCUGCCAAACCUUUUGCAGCUUUUGCAGCCUUAAAGUCAUCAGCGCCCCACUGUGGAAUUCAAAGCUAAGCUUGUCACAAUUGUUAACACCUUCUUUGACCAGCCUUUUUAUAUUGGACAAUUAUUCUGUCCUGCUC